UUUCACCUUACUUGCAUGAGACUCCAUUUUACGAAAAAGACAGGCAGCGCAGCUCCCUUUCUCCUCCGCUCUUUUCAAAGUCUCUCUCGAUAUAACCGGAAAACCAGAUUCUUUUCUUAUAUUAAAAAAAAAGGAUGGUAUCGGACUCGGACCUCGUGACCCGACUCCGAGAAAUCCUACGGGAUUCCGACCUCGACACCGCCACUGCUGGUAGCGUACGGAGACAACUUGAAAAAGAUUUCGGUGUCGACCUAUCUGACAGAAAAGGUUUUGUGAGGGACCAAAUCGACAUUUUCCUCGAAACCCUAAAUCAAGAAAAUGAAAAAGAAGAACAGGGACCAGAAUCUGAAAAUGCAAAGAUUGAAGAAGAUGAUGAUGAAGAAGAAGAAAGCAAGGGAGAAGGAAGCGAAAAACCAAGGAGAGGAAGUAAAGUGGAUAAACCAGUCAAGAAAAGAGGAGGUGGCUUUCAGAAAGUGUGUAGCCUUUCUCCUCAGCUUCAAAAAGUAGUGGGACAAUCUGAAUUGCCUAGAACUGAGGUUGUGAAGAAACUUUGGUUAUAUAUCAGGGAGAACAAUUUGCAAGACCCAAAGAACAAGCGAAAUAUUAUAUGUGAUGAAUCACUCCGUGCCAUUUUUCGCGUAAAUUCUAUUAAUAUGUUUCAAAUGAAUAAAGCCCUGACCAAGCAUAUCUGGCCGUUAAGUGCAGAAGAUGAAAAUGUAAAGCAUGAGAUGAAAUGUGAAGAUAGUCAUGAUUCUGUAUCAGUAGAUGCUAAAAAUGCUGAGGAAGAAGAGGAGGAGGAGGAGGAGGAGCGGGAGGAGGAGGAGGAGGAGGAAGAAGUAGAAGAAGAAGAAGAAGAAGAGCAAGAGCCAGAGCAAGAGGGUAAUGCACGUGGAAGCAAGAACAAAAGGUCAGCUAAGGUUGAUAAAGAUGUCAAGAGAAGAGGAGGUGGGUUUACUAAGUUGUGCAGUCUUUCUCCACAACUUCAAGCAUUUAUUGGAGAACCUGAGUUGGCCAGAACAGAGGUUGUCAAGAGAUUGUGGACCUAUAUCCGGGAAAAGAAUUUGCAAGAUCCAAAGAACAGACGAAAUAUACUAUGUGAUCAAUCAUUGCACGCUAUUUUUCGCGUAAAUACUAUCAACAUGUUUCAGAUGAACAAAGCUCUGUCCAAACACAUAUGGCCAUUAAAUGAGGAAGAUGCUCAAGCUGACUCAACAAAAAUUGAAAGGAAAUCUAAGCAAGGAAGAGAAAGAGGUCCAUUUGAGCCAAAACAGAAAGAAAAGAGGCAGAAGAAAGGGGCUUCUGGUUUUCUUGCUCCCCUUCCGCUUUCAGAUGCUCUAGUGAAUUUUUUUGGUACUGGUGAAAAUGCAUUAUCUCGUGCUGACGUUGUGAAGAGAAUGUGGGAGUACAUAAAACAGAAUGAUCUGCAGGAUCCAUCUGAUAAGAGGAGAAUUUUAUGUGAUGAUAAACUCAAAGAACUUUUGGAGGUGGACUCCUUCAACGGUUUUACUAUCCCAAAGCUUCUGACCACACAUUUCAUCAAGAUGGAACAGUGAGUUGUUUUUCUGUAUAUAACAUAAGCCCAUAGGAAGUGGGCAAUUUUGCUUUGAGAUGAAAUUAGGUUUUGGCUGUUGUCUGGUAAUUGUGUACUGCCUAACAUGUCCUAGAAAUGGAAGCAGCAUCUUUGAGGAAGUUGAUUAAAACUUUCUGCUGUUACCCACAUGAUAUCAUGUACCUUUGUUUGUCUUUGCCACUUUGUCUUUUCCCCAACACCAUUUUUCUUGGUUUGGGUUUUCAGCAGUCGCUCUUUUUGUUUACUUUUUCAUUCUCUUUGGGUUGGGUGGGAGGGUAGGGAAAGUAGGAGAAAAAAGUUGUUAGUGUGGGGUUUACCUUCUUUACAUGAUCUGCAUAGGAGGGCACAACUUGGAAUUUUAUUUGGACAACUAGAAAGUGGAAAGAUGAAACGUGAGCAUCUAGAAAGCUGGUUUGUUGUUCAUUCUGGUCUUUCCGGGACCAACAAAGUCAAAAGAAUUUUCAUAGCCUGUUUGAUCCUUUUGCAACAAAAUUUGUUUCCAGGAUGUGGAUGGCGUACUUUGUGCUAUCCAACUGGUGGGCUUUAAGCAAUUGCUAGACGUUGUUUUUAGUUUAUAUCAGCAGAAAGGGAUUGGCCAUGAUCUUUACUAGGGUGUGUACAUGUCUUGGGAGUAUGUCGUCAAGAUUUUGUCAUCAAUUAAUGUAAUAUGCUGGAACAAAUAACUGAUUUCAUUAGUUUAUAUUGGUACAUUAGUUGUUGGUUUUAAGGUUGGGAACCUUGGGCCAAGUGUGA